AUGGAGCCAUUUGCUGAUCAUAUGUUUUAGAAAUGCAAGAUUAAACAUGUGAUUUUUUUAAUUGUUUCUUUUAAUUGUUGAUUUUUGUGUAAUUUCAAUUAUAGAUUUGAAUUUUGUUCAAUUGAAAAAUUUUGGUAAUUAUCCUUCAACUUAAUUUAUGCUCCAUCGUACUAAAUUAAUGACAAGACUGAUCUCAAGCAUGUCUAAAGUUAAUCAAAUCAAAGAAGGCAAAGCAUCAAUUAACUGUUCAACUGAGGUUUUUUACAAUCCUGUGCAAGAGUUCAAUCGUGAUUUGAGUCUGGUCAUUUUGGAUACAUAUUUAAAAAAUAAAUUAUGGGAAAAGGGAACCAAGAAACCUGUUGAAACUAACUUCAAAUUAUGCGAAGCUCUCAGUGCUACUGGGCUUCGGAGUAUAAGAUAUGCUUUAGAGUUGGAAAACAAAGAUCCCAUCAAGACAUUCAUUGCUAAUGAUCUAUCCAUGAAAGCAGUUGAACUGAUGAAUGAGAACAUCAAAUCAAAUGGCUGUGAUAAGUUGAUUAAAACUACAAAUGAGGAUGCCUGCUUACUUCUUUAUAAAUGUCGCGAUCAUUCCGACAAGUUUUUGGUCAUUGAUAUCGAUCCAUAUGGAAGUGCCGCUCCAUUUUUUGAUGCCUCAGUUCAAGCGUUAGCUGAUGGAGGAUUGUUAAUGAUAACUUGUACCGAUGUUGCAAUACUCUGUGGAAAUGCUAGUGAAACAUGUUUUGCGAAAUAUGGUUCCAUGUCACUUCGAACGGAAUCUUGCCAUGAAAUGGCACUUCGUAUUGUCUUGCAUGCAGUAAAUUCAUCAGCAGCCCGCUAUGGAAGAUAUAUCGUGCCUUUGUUAUCUGUUAGUGUCGAUUUUUACGUGAGACUCUUUGUUCAAAUUUUUUACGGACCUGGAUACGCAAAAAUGAGUGCAAGUAAAACAGGAAUGGUUUUCCAUUGUAAUGGAUGUGAAUCUUUUACAACCCAAAAACUUGGUAACGUUACCUUAAAGAAUGCCAAAUCAACCAAUGUUGCCUCUAGAUAUAAAUUUACACCAUGUACAGGACCACCAGUGGCCGAUAGAUGUAAAUUUUGUGACCAUCAUCAUACAAUUGGUGGACCCGUUUGGUUAGAUAGUAUCCACGAUGAGCAAUUUGUAAAGCUAGUUAAGGAGCGACUGAAUGAAAUUGAAAAUACAUCUUCAAUGAAACUCCAAACGUUUAAACGAAUCAAAGGAAUAGUUGAAGUAGUUAGUGAAGAAUUGUUAGAUGUUCCUCUAUAUUAUGGAUGUGAUCAAAUUUGCCGUACAAUUAAUUGUAUUCCACCUAAAUCUGAAAUACUUCGAUCUGCCCUUUUAAACUGUGGUUAUCGUGUAUCAGCUUCUCACGCUCACCGUUCCUCAUUUAAAACUGAUGCACCCAAUCAAGUGAUUUGGGACAUUUUUCGUAUGUGGGUUAAGACUAGAGGUACAGUUGACAUUGAAAAAUUGGCUGGUAAAAGUGUAGCUGAGAAAAUCUUGAAAGCACCCGUUUUAUCAAAUAUUUCAUUUGAAAUUCAUCCUGAUUCUCAACCUCUUUCAAGAGAGAAAAAAUUUCUCCGAUAUCAACCCAAUCCGUUACCAUUUUGGGGACCUAAAUGUCGUCCUGGUGAAAUAAAUUUGGAAGAUGAAAAGCGAAUUAAAAAUCAAGGAAAAAAGAAGAAGAAACUUGAAAAUGAUGAAACACAAAGUGUCGAACAAACAUCUCAAUCACCUUCAUCAUAAAUUAACAAACGCCAACAUCAUUAUCAUCUUAAUCGCACUCUCGGAAGCAAUUGUUUAAUGACUAAUGGAUUUGGCAUGAUUACUUGUAAAGUGGAUGCUUAUUUGUAUUUUUAAUCAUUCAUGCUAUAUCCUUCAUUCACCUUUUUUGGCUCUCAUUAUGCCAGUAAAAAUGCAAAAAAACAAUCUAUUUCUCAAUUAUCAUCCAACAACCUCAAGAAGACUUUCCAUGGCUAUCAACAUUGUUUUUGACAACUUGAAGUUAAUUAAUGAUGUACAAAUGUUUCUCUAAAAAUUAAGAUGUAAAUUGCUAAUUCUCUGAUAUUAACUUGAACAAGAAGCAGAAGUAAACCUUAUCAGAUAUGAAUUUGUAUA